CGGAAGGUGUAAAUACGUAUAACCAUUAAACUGUGAUUGAAGUAAUCACGAUUGCAAUUUGUAAUAAAAUUAUUCGAUUAUCUAAGAUCUAACCUUAUUUUAAAUUAAAACUUUUUAAAUUAGUACAAGUGAAUCUUUUUUUUAAAUAUAAUAUCUUUAUUUCAUACAAUAUAAUAAACAGAAAAUUAAUAAACAAUGUCAGACUGGGAUACUGUACCGAUUACACUUAGAAAACGUGUCCCAAAAGGGUCUGCUAUGAAAUCAGAGCAGGCUGUAAAUGCAGCUCGCAGACAAGGCGUUGCCGUUGAGACACAGGUUAAAUGGGGUGGAGGAGCAAAUAAGCAGCACGUUACUACAAAAAAUACAGCGAAAUUAGAUCGUGAGACUGAGGAAUUAAAACAUGAUAAAGUCUCUCUUGAUCUUGGAAAACUAAUACAGCAAGGUCGUCAAAAUAAGGGAUUGUCUCAAAAAGACUUGGCAACGAAAGUGAAUGAAAAAGCACAAGUAAUAAAUGAUUACGAAGCUGGUCGUGGAAUUCCCAAUCAAUUGGUUAUUGGAAAAAUUGAGAAAGUUCUCGGAAUAAAAUUGCGAGGAAAGGAUCGGGGUACUACAUUGGUUUCCCCCGGGACAAAGAAGUGAAUCUCGGGGGAACAAUAAUUGAUUUUUCGUCAUUUCUUCUAUAUAUAUACACACACACAGAACCCCGUAUAUGAGACAUGACGACAGGUGUGUCAUUGUCUUUGGUCUCAAUUUGUUUAAUUAUUUUUUAAUAUAUAUUUUCUUUUGCAUAAUGUAGUAGAAAUACUGCGAUUAUUGUGUUUAUAUACAUAUAUAGUAAAACUAAAUAAAACAAUAAAAAGAAAAUAACUUAAGAAGAAUGUAAUCAUUGCGAGAACUGGGCUUUUAUGCAUCCUGCUCAAAAAAAACUCAAUGAUAGACAUAUAAUUUAUAUUAAAUUUCUAUAAUAAAAACUAUUAAUUUAUGUGAUAUUUAGAAUA